AGCACUGGCACAGAAGGCAGGGAUGGCAGAGCACCGGGCUGUGUCUUUAAGGCAGAAACGGGAACUCUCUGGCUGCCACUUUGUGGAGUUUAGCCCAGAUCCCUGUUUUCAUUAGCGCUUCAUUUUAUCUCCUCCUCUCCCCCUCCCAGCCCCACCUCCUCGAUCGGCAUUUCUGCAUCCUUUGUGUGCAUCCACAGCAGCAGGUGAAAGUCGGGCUGGCACCUGCACAUACCCACUCCCACACCUCCCUGUGGGCUGGACGCUGCUCUGCCGCGGGAGAAAUCCCUUCCACACUCCGGAUCUUCCUCCUCCCUGGCUUGGCUGGGCGCAUAGCGGUGCUCGGAGGCUGCUCUGCCGCUCUGCCGGCUCCGGCUGCAGCCGCGGAGGAGCUCUGGGACCCCGGGGACAGAGUCUGCAGGGAGCCCGGCUCAGCGGCGGGGCGGCAGCUGAACCUCGGGGGGCCGGAGCAUCCCCAGCAUCUGCAGCAUCCUGGAGUCCAGAGCAUCCCCAGCAUCCAGGGUAUCCUGGGUCCAGAGCAGCCCUGGCAUCUGGAAUAUCCUGGGAUGCAGAGCAUCCCCAGCACCCGAAGUAUCCUGAGUGCAGAGCACCCAGAGCAUCUCCGUGGUGUGUUAUUCCUUGGUCCAGUGCAUCCAGAGCAUCAGGGUAUCCAGAGCAUCCUGCCAUCCCUGGCAUCCUGAGAAGCCUGACCUCCAGCUCGUCCCCAGCAUCCAGAAGCAGGAUCCAGGCACAUCCCAGAGCAGGGGGAUUUACAGGAGCUGCUGUGAGUAAUGGGGAGGGAACCUUGGUCCUGCUGAUCGGCUCCUGGGAACGUCACCCUGCCCCGAGUGCCAGUGAAGAGAGAGGGUGGGGGAAGAGAGGGAGAGGAGGAGGAGAGAAGGGAGGACAGACACAGAGUGGAGGGAGAUGAUCCUCCUUCCCUGGCCCUGGUGAUGAUCACGUAGCACAGGCCGUGCUGGAGAAGGUCCCCAGCCCAGAGCCAGCCCUGCCCCCGGCUCCUCAUGGAGGGGGACCUGGGGGCCCCCAAUGCCAGCGUGCUGGGGGAGCACUCCCUGCUCGUGGGCAGCAGCUGGGUGGCCGCCUUCCUCUGCUUCAUCAUUCUGCUGACCACGGCGGGCAACUUCCUCCUCAUCCUCCUCAUCGUCACUCAGCGCUCCCUCCGCAACACCUCCAACUACUUCCUGGUGUCCCUCUUCAUGUCGGACCUGAUGGUGGGGCUGGUGGUGAUGCCCCCGGCCAUGCUCAACCAGCUCUACGGCCGCUGGGUGCUGCGGGGGGACUUCUGCUCCCUCUGGGCCUCCUUCGACGUCAUGUGCUGCAGCGCCUCCAUCCUCAACCUGUGCGUCAUCAGCCUGGACCGCUACCUGCUCAUCACGUCCCCGCUCAGGUACAAGCUGCGCAUGACGUCCUGCAGGGCCCUGGCGCUCAUCCUGGCCACCUGGACCUUGGCCGCGCUGGCCUCCUUCCUGCCCAUCAAGAUGGGGUGGCACCAGCUGGAGUUCGAGGUGCGGCCCCUGAACGUCACGGACCGGGGGGACGAGGACCAGUGCCGGCUGCUGGUCAGCCUGCCCUACGCCCUGGUGGCCUCCUGCCUCACCUUCUUCCUGCCCUCCGCCGCCAUCUCCUUCACCUACUGCCGCAUCCUGCUGGCAGCGCGCAAGCAGGCCGUGCAGGUGGCUUCCCUGGCCUCCAACGUGGCCACCGCCGACGAGGCCACGCCGCAGGUCCCACGUGCCCCAAGCCAGCCCCUGUCCGGCAGUGAGAGCAGGAGGUUCACCAACAAGCACAGCAAGAAGGCUCUGAAGGCCAGCCUUACCCUGGGCAUCCUCCUGGGCAUGUUCUUCGUGGCCUGGCUGCCCUUCUUCAUCACCAAUGUAGCUCAGGCAGUUUGUGACUGUGUCCCGGCCGGAUUCUUCGAUGUGCUCACCUGGCUGGGCUACUGCAACAGCACCAUGAACCCCAUCAUCUACCCGCUCUUCAUGAGGGACUUCAAGAGGGCCAUGGGCAAAUUCCUGCCCUGCUGCCGGCGCUUGGCGGAGCCCCGGCCCAGCGCCAUCUCCCUGUCCAUGAGGAACUCCAACAGCGGGCCCCACGCUGCCACAUCCCUCAAGAACGUCCUCACCCUGCAGCCUGAGACCGACUCCAUCGACUCCGGGGCGCCGGGCAGCGAGCCCAGGCCGCUCCCGGCCCCGCGGGGCCCCGGCGCCCGCUCCGUCAGCCUGUGGGACACGGAGCCCCCGGACACGGCGCUGCAGCUCGGCACCCCCGUGGCCUGAGCUGCACACGGAGCUCUGGGUGCUGGAAGGGUCCCAGGAGCCCAACACAAACCUCUGGGAGCUGAUUUGCCACAAGCCAUCUCCCACGUUCCCUGUUCCGGCACACGCUGCAGCUCAUGGAAGGGGUGGUGGCCCCGGGCGCUAUCACAGGAGGAUCAAACCGUGCAAAGCCGGGUGUUGCUGCUGAAUUAACCAGAUUUCUCUCUGUCUUUUAUCCCUCCUGUGCUCACCAUCACCAUCCCCUAACCCUUCCUGUGGCCUUUCCAUCUCUGGUGAGUCUGAACCUCGGAUUGCAGCCUGUGUCCCUAACCUCAAACCAAGGCUUGGUUUUGAACACACAGAGCUCAGCAGAUCUCCUCCAAGUGCACUGAGGGGAGUGGUGGAAAAACAUCCUGUGGCUCAUGGGCGAGAGGUCUGGGGCUGCUUCAGUAGGAACACUGAGGUUUGGGCUGCUUCAGCCCACGGAACAUCACAUCUUCCUGGAGCUGGGGCUGGAUCUCCUCGCUGGAGUCGUGUCUGUCUCAGGUUGCUGUCACACAGUUCACUCCAGCUCAGCCCUGGCUUGUCACGCAGAGCUGCACUGCGGGGGCUGAAUUUGGUGCAGAAUGUCCAACACUGAUUUUUGGAUGUUCAGUGGGGGUGUGGGGUGCGACUCACGGUGGCUCCACGCGUGUCUCGCAGUAGCAAUGGGAUCAGCUCCUCCCACAGGCUCCAUCCCACAGCUUCCCACUCCUGGCACAGGACCAUCCUGCCUCCCUCCGACAAGCCAUCAUGUCCUCGAUCAUGCAGAUAGAAAAUACACUUUUUCUCCCCCUUCAAAUAAGAAUCUAGAGGAAUAUUGUAAUUUAAAUGACAAUGCCAGCCUCCUCCCCAGAGCCAUAAGCAAAGGGAACACUGAGUAAAUGUGACAAAGUGGGUACUCAAAAAAAUCAAUAAAACAAAUUAUUUUAGUAAAUUCUUUCUCAAGUGCCUUUGGGCUGGCAGUUGGCCGAUGUGCCCUCCCUGGACCCUUCACUCCAAGCCUUCUGCCUAAUUCCAAGACUGUUCUCCUGGAAUUCCUUGAUACCUAAAUGGACACAGAGCCUCCCGUGGAUACAGGAUACGGAAAGAAGCAGCCACAUGCCAGGCCACUUUCAGUUUUCUCUCUACAUUGCCCAUGGAUGUUCCAGAACUGAACAGGAGUUAGUAUGACCAACCCAGCAUUUCUUUGCCACAAAUCCCUUGGGAGCCAGGGAUGAGUGACCAGGACAUGCCGAGGGCCAAGCACAGGCUCAAACCUCAAACUGUUCAACGCAUUUUGCCACAGAUGGAGCUUGGGGCUGGUGUCGAGCACUCAGAUCAAGAUGUGCAUUUUCCCACAAUGGCUUUAUAUAAAUACAAGCUUGGACUACAACCCAAGUUAAAAAGGAGCAGGAAGAGGUACUGCGGAGUCUGGAAGUUUGUUAGGUACCAAAUCAGCCUUGGGAGAUGGACAGAGAGAGAGGGAGAGGCACUUCCUCAAGCCAAACGUUCAAAAGCAAUAAUUCCUUACUGUCUCAUGCAGGCAGUUCUGUGUAAUUAGGUGUUUGCUUGUGGACAAACCCUCGGAUGAGCAGAGGAUCCCAUCCCAACCCUGCAGCCAAGGGCACCACCAGCAGCUGGCUGAACAGCCCCAUCCCUGUGGGAUCCCACAGCCAGUGCCUCCCAUCACUCCAGGUCAGAGCUGGGCAGGUCUGAGCCCCCUGGGAUGCUGGAUUUAGGGAGAGGAAUUGCCAGGCACUGUAUCCAAAACACGGGGCUGUGCUGGGUCACCCCCAAACCCAGCUGUGUCUGACUCCGUGAGGAAUGAUCCGCAGCUCUGCUCAGUCUCUUCCUGAGGAAGAAGGAAAGUCACUCCUGUCUCUAGGACAGCACAGGAGAGGAUUCCACAAAGCUGGACCAGAGCAACCCCUGAGAAGUGUAAGAGGAGGGAGGAGACUUCUCUGCUGGACUGAGCCACCAGCAAAAGAACAGCAAACAAACUGCCUUGCCUUUUUAAAGCCAUUCUGGUGAGAAAACCCAGCAAUUCCAGCUCACUAAAGCCUGUUUUCAUCUUCAGUCUGAAAGCCUGAAUUCCUCUGCUGGGCAGGUGGUGCUGGAGAUGGGAGGGGAAUACCUACAACAUUGUCAAUAAAAAGUUAAAAGGCAAA